UUGUUUGAUAAUACCGAGAAGAGGGCGGAGGUGGUUUUUCACUCUGUUUUCAUUCAGUCGCUCGUUUGGAAGUAAACGCAGGGAUUCGACACUACAGUUAUAUUUUUAAAUAAAUCCAAGAUGUGCCUCUGCUGCACCACACCUGAAUAGAACAACUGGGUCGUUAGCAAGGCUCUGGAGAACUAAUCUAAAUGAAGAGGAGUUUUUGAACGUUGUGAACACCUCCACCCCUCCUCCUUCCUCUGUGAGUAUCUGCAGGGUGAUGUCGGCUUCCUGUCUUGUGCGCCUGAUCAGGUGCAGCGGUUCUAACAUUGGUCGCAGUGGUUUGCUACAGAAGGCUUUCGAUCCCCUGCCCUUUCAGCUCGAUAGCCACAAAACAAAGUUACCAUUGUUCUGCAGACAAGUUUAUGGACCUUCUGGGAGGCAAUACAGCAACACGCGCUUCGAUCCAGACGGCAGCGGCCGCCUUACAACCUGGGACUCCUUUGGGAUUUGGGAUGAUCGCAUCGACGAGCCCAUUAUGCUCCCCCCUAGCAUUCGCUACGGCAAACCCAUUCCCAAAGUUAGCCUAUCUAAGAUAGGGUGUGCAUCUCUGAUCGGCCAACGCAAGGAGAAUGAGGACCGGUUCCAGGUCUCCCAGUUGAAUGAAAACACCCUGUACUUUGCUGUGUUUGACGGCCACGGCGGCUCAGAAGCAGCCGACUUCUGCGAAAAAUACAUGAAGAAAUUCAUCCAGGACAUUCUGGCAGAAGACAACAAUCUGGAAUCGGCUUUAAAGAAAGCUUUCCUAGAAGUAGACAAAGCUUUGGCAAAGCACUUGCACUUCUAUCCAAAUGGGCCGGGAACGAACGCGGGAACCACCGCCACCGUGGCGCUGCUGAGGGACGGCAUCGAGCUGGUGGUGGCCAGCGUGGGGGACAGUCGCGCCAUGUUGUGCCGCAAAGGCAAGGCUCUUAAGCUGACUGUUGACCACACACCUGAAAGAAGGGAUGAGAAGGAGAGGAUAAAGAAAAGCGGGGGUUACAUCACCUGGAACAGUCUGGGGCAGCCCAACGUCAACGGCCGGCUGGCGAUGACACGCAGCAUCGGAGACUUUGAUCUGAAGAAGAUGGGAGUCAUUGCUGAGCCAGAAACCAAAAGACUCACACUGCAUCAUGUCCAUGACUCCUUUCUGGCUCUGACCACAGACGGCAUCAACUUCAUCAUGAACAGCCAGGAGAUCUGCAACGUCAUCAACCAGUGUCACGACCCCAAAGAGGCAGCGCAGAGAAUAUCUGACCAGGCUCUUCACUACGGUACGGAGGACAACAGCACAAUCAUCGUAGUGCCUUUUGGCGCCUGGGGGAAACACAAGAGUUCAGACGUCAGUUUCUCCUUCAGCAGGAGCUUCGUGUCCAGCGGCCGCUGGGCGUAGCCUGACGCCGCCCGCAUCGACGAGCUGCUUCCUGCAGACUUCGCUAACAUGUGCAAUACAGGCUGUGCUCCCUGGAUGAAUACAGAGUUCAGUUUGUCCUGAUGUUUUUAGAGCAGCUCGAUGUGCAGUUCCCAUGGAAACCGGGGCUGCGAGUUCAUGAUGUGCACUAGAUAUGAAGUAAUCCCUUGUUAUAUAAGGUUUUGUACACAAAUAAUGCAGCAACGUUGUGGUGCUAAAAACAAAGAAAUAUUUGAACGACGGGAAGAAAGUCAUCAGCAAAUUUGUAGUUAUGAUGGACUAUAAAACAUGGGAAAGUCCAGCACUUAAACUUUGAUGCUUGAUAAUCAGU